AUGGCAUCCUCCCAAACUCAAGAAGGAAGACCUCCCUACCCGCCUUUUACGGAGGAGACGGCUCGAAUUAAGGUCAAGGCAGCACAGGACGCCUGGAACACAAGAGACCCUCACAAGGUCAAGCUCGCCUAUACCCCAGACAGCAUCUGGCGUAACCGCUCCACGUUUCUCCAGGGUCGCGACGAGAUCGCCAAGUUCCUGACGGAGAAGUGGAGCGUCGAGGACGGGUACCAGCUGCGAAAGGAGCUGUUCGCCUUUACGGACAACAAGAUCGCCGUGCAGUUCUGGUACGAGUGGUUUGACAAGUCGGGACAGUGGUGGAGGACCUACGGCCUCGAGGACUGGACCUAUGCUGAAAACGGCCUGAUGCGCAAGCGCCAUAUGAGUGGUAACGACGUCAAGAUCUCGGAAGAGGAGCGAUGGUUCAAAGACGGGGUCGACGUCAACACUGUCGAUAUCUCGGAGAAGCACUGGUAG